AUGCCUGGGGCUUCAGAGGUCCUCCGAGGUCGGCCUGCCACCAUCUACCUCCUCCUCUUGUUCUCUGCCGCUGGUCUGGACCCCAGAUGCCAAGCCCUGUGGGUCGACGAGGGCCCCCCUUCCCUGACAGUGAACGUGGGGGAAGAGGCCCACCUGCUGUGCCCACACAAUGGCACUAACGCCAGCGUCACAUGGUGGCUCAUCCUCCCGGGCAACUCCACAUGGCCCGCGAUGCCGCUGAACAUGGACCAAGGACCCCAGGGCGAGCUGAAAAUCUCCAAGGUGAACAAGAGCCAUGGGGGCAUCUACCAGUGCAAGGUGACGAAUGAAAAAAGCACCAGGAGCUCGUGUGGCACCUACCUCCGUGUGCGGGAGCCAAUCCCGAGACCCUUCCUGGACAUGGGGGAGGGCACCAAGAACCGCAUCAUCACGGCGGAGGGAAUCAUCCUGCUCUUCUGCGCUGUGGUACCCGGAACUCUGCUGCUGUUCAGGAAACGAUGGCAGAAUGAGAAGUUCAGGGUGGACAUCCAGGAUGACUAUGAGGAUGAAAAUCUGUAUGAGGGCCUGAAUCUCGAUGACUGCUCCAUGUAUGAAGACAUCUCCCGGGGCCUCCAGGGCACCUACCAGGACGUGGGCAGCCUCCAUGUGGGAGACGUCCAGCUGGAGAAGCCAUGA